UUAGAGUUGCCGAUGUAGGUGGUUAAGUGCACUGAUAGGUAAGCAGACGCAACUUAUGCUGCGUGAUGUCAGUGCUAUGGAAUCACCGGAUAACGAUCAGCCCACCAUGGCCUGAUCUCCAUGCCCACUCCCCCUGAUACCUUAUAUUCCCACACAUCCAAAGCCAAUCCAAACUCAAUUCAGUGAAAAAGAAGAAAUGGCAACUCCUCCACCAGUAAUCAUCGUCGGCUCCGGCCUAGCCGGCCUCUGCGCCGCCAGCACCCUCAUCUCGCACCACAUCCCGGUCCAGAUGCUCGACCGCGCCCCCAAACCGGGCGGCAACUCCAUCAAAGCCUCUUCAGGAAUCAACUGUGCCGGGACGAGAUUCCAAGACACCGACGACAACGCGGAUAUUUUCCUCCAAGACACGCUCAAGUCCGCCGGCGAGGCAUUCACCCAGGCAAGUACCGACGAGCGCGCCCGGCGGCAGAAGCUUAUUUCCACGCUUGCGUCUCGCUCUGCAGAUGCAGUGCACUGGCUCGCUGACGAGAAGGGCGUGGAUCUGAGUAGAGUCGCGCAUAAUGGAGGGGAGUGCGUUAAGGGGGUGGAGUAUGUGACUGGUGAGGGUGGAGGUGGACAGCAGGGCAAGGCGCAAACGCAGACGCAGACACACACACACACGCUCAAUGGACCGAUUAUUUUCGCUACGGGCGGGUUUGCGGGUGAUUCCAGAGGUAUGCUGGCGCGGUAUCGGCCUGAUCUGGCCAAUUUCCCGUCGACGAAUGAGGCGAGGGAAGGCACGCAGCCGAUUCUCGAGGCGGUGGGUGCGUCAGUGGUCGAUAUGGAUUGCGUGCAGGUCCAUCCGACUGGAUUUGUGGACCCCCAGGAUCCGGCUGCGUUGGUCAAGAUUCUGGCGGCGGAGAUGCUGCGCGGCGAGGGUGGAAUCCUGCUCAAUGGCGAUGGAAGCCGGUUCGUCAACGAACUGCAGACCCGUCAACAUGUUGUUGACGCGAUUGUGAAGUCGACAUCUCGGAUGGAGACGUCUACGCGCCAGUGGGAUGUGACGCUUGUACUUGAUGAAAGUUCCGCUGCGGCAGCUGGCUCCCAUAUGGACUUUUACGUGGCGAAAGGACUCAUGCAGAAGAUGACAGUUGGUGAGCUUGAUUUACCGGCGGUGAAGACCCUUCAGGAGUAUGGCGAUGUUGUGGCCGGAAAGAAGAAGGAUCCAUUCGGCCGUAAAGCCUUUGGCCACUGGAAAUUGACGGAAGUAAUGCCGGAGUACGAGGUUUAUGUCGGACAGGUGACGCCUGUCAUUCAUUUCACGAUGGGAGGGGUGGUGAUUGAUGAGCAUGGCAGGGUCAUAGGAGAAGAAUGGACCCCGAUAGAAGGCCUUUGGGCUGCAGGGGAGGUGGCCGGCGGUGUCCACGGCCAGAACCGUCUGGGAGGUUCAUCUCUUCUGGAGUGCGUGGUUUUUGGACGUAUAGCUGGGAAUGAGGCGGCAGCAUGGCACAAGGAACACUAUCCGGCAGCUCCUCCCUUGAGUGAUGAUACAAGGAGCCCAGCAUCAUCUGCUCAGGGUAACGCAUGAUCACGCUGCUUCAGCGAAAUCACCGGCUGAAUUCUUGCUUCCCUGGUCUCCUGAUCAUUGGCCUCCUCAAGCCAAAUCCUCGAUCCGAUGGAUGGUGCAAAGGCAGCGCUUAACUCCUCUCAUCCACUCCCAGCUAGUUCAAUUAUAUGGUAAACGAUAGUAAUCAAAUGAUUGUGGGUAUAGUUUGAUGUUAUCUAGC